UUAAUCUCCCAGCCGCGCAGUCGCGGUCCUUCCCAGUCGUUCGACCCCAUCCUCACUCUGCUACGAUCCUUCCCAUUCCAAACCCUAAGCUCGUCGCGAAUCCGAUCGCUUCCUCGAAGAGAAAUCGUACGAGCAAAAGGAUCGAAAACCGUAGCCCAUGUCCGUCGAGAGAUCGUUCGAGGCGUGGGAGGAGGUGCAGCGCCAUGGCCUUGACCUCGCGGAUCGCCUCGCCCAGGGCUUCAAUGGCCUCCUUCUGUCCCAUAUCGCUCCUCACGCCUUUUCCUGGCCGGCACACAACAAAAUCGAGCCUGUAAUAUCCCCCUCUGCGGUCGCCGCCGAUGGCGUCUCCGCCAUCCUUGACAUCGGAAACCGGCUCGGUCAGGCCGGGGCUGAGUUGGGCCCCGGUAUCAAUGGCGUCGUACAGCAGUUCUUCCGGAAGUUACCUGUGCCCUUUUGGCAUCAGGAGGAUGUGAGGCGGCCGGCCCAGCUAAGGUUGGAUCUUGAUAGUUCUAAAGGGAGGGACGAAGCUUCGGAGAUGCGCUACAGCGGCGACUCUGCUACUGGUUCCAGCGAGAUCGGCUUAAUUGCUGAACAGUUUGGUAGUCGGGGUUUUUUGGAACCGCUGGCAGCAGCGGGAGGAGUUGAUGAAUCGGAAGUUGAAGAGAGACUUGAGUUUGAUUUGACUACUUCUAGGUGCUUCAAAAAGCCUCAGGGGAUCAUCAAUAUUACAUCAACUUACAAUAGUAGGACCAAUGGAAUUGAAAGUUCAUUGGUGGCGAGGGGAGAUCUUUGGAGAGUGGAGGCAUCACGGAAUGGUUCUGCUUCUAGGAAUGAUACUUCACCUCCUUUUCUUAUUCAGCUUGGACCCCUACUAUUUGUCCGGGAUACAACAGUUCUUUUACCUGUUCAUCUAUCAAAGCAGCACUUGCUGUGGUAUGGUUAUGAUCGGAAGAAUGGACUUCAUUCCCUUUGUCCAGCUCUAUGGUCAAAGCAUAGGCGAUGGUUGUUGAUGUCAACGAUCUGUCUAUAUCCAUUUACUUGUACGUUCGUGGAUUUGCAAUUUCCAAAUGGGCAACUGACAUAUGUGGCUGGUGAGGGUCUGACCACCAGUGCUUUUCUUCCUGUUCUUGGGGGCUUGCUUCAGGCUCAAAGUCAAUAUCCAGGAGAUACAAAACUCAGCUUCUCUUGCAAGUACAAAACUGCAACCUGUAUCACACCAAUGGUGCAAUGGCCUGACAAAUCUUUUUCACUUGGGUUUGAACAAGAUUUCGCUUGGAAGAGAUCUGGUCUAAUUUUACGACCAACCAUUCAAUUCAGUUUAUGCCCAACUUUUGGUGGAAACAAUCCUGGACUGCUAACUGAGCUCACAUAUUCUCUAGAGGAGCGACUUAAUUUAAGCUGUGGUUAUUCUCUUGCUAGGCAACCAUCGGCCUUCGCAACUAUUGCUCUUGGGAGAUCCAAGUGGAAUGGAAAUGCUGGAAAUGUUGGUGUAGUUAUUAGAGCAGAAAUCCCACUAAGCUCCGUCGGCAGGUCUUCCUUUUCCGUCCAGUUGAACAGUGGUAUGGAAUUCUGAUCUCUUCAGAUGAAUUGUACAGUGAUUAUGUACAUAAUAAAGCCACUGACAAAGAUGCAUUUGGAAGAUAUCCUGUUCCAGUGCUUAGAAGAAUCCAUCGUACGAUUUUAUGAAACUGUAAAAACUAACUGGUAGUGGAAAAUCCGCUAUCCUUGAGGCUUGAGCCUUUUUUUUUAGUCUGAUGUGUCUAAAAUUUGGUGCAAACGACUUUUGGCUAUCUAGACAGCAACAAGAUGAAAACGUAUUCCAGCUCCAACUUUCGUAAAAGUGCUCGGCGAUUGCUCUCU